AUGAAGCUCUACUACGAGGCCUCACGGUUUCUGGACGACACCAAGAGCGGGUCGCUGCAGAACCGCAUUUUUGCUGCUGCACGUGACCGCAAAAUCCAGUCCGACCCCAAACAUGUGUACGCGCUCGUCCUGUCGACGCUCAAGUACCGGCCGUUUCUGGCCCAGAUCAUCCGCAAAUGCAAACUGCUGGAGCUCGAGAAAAAAAGCAAGCUGACCCAGCCGCUGGCACUGCUGCUGGUUCACGACCUGCUUUUGUCGAAAGGCGGCCGAAUCCACAGCAAACACCACCCACUGAAAGACGCCGUGAUCCGCAACAAGACUAGAUUGCACGCCGAGCUCACAAAACUCAAGUUGAAGCACGGCGUGCGGACGCUGGAGGACCUCGUCGAGGACGACGACACGCCUGUGCGAUGGUUUCGUGUGAACCUCGCGCGUACGACAAAAGACGCCGUCCUCGCUGCCCUGGCACAUCUCCGACGCGUCGAUUGCGUCGCCGACAUACAAAAAGGUACCAUCUACCACGACGAGUACGUGGCAGACCUAUUUGGUGUCCACCCGCGCGAAGCGCUUGUUUCCCUCCCGAUCUACCAGUCUGGUGAUGUAAUUAUCCAGGAUCGGGCGUCCUGCUUCCCAGCAUUUAUUCUGGCUCCCAAACCAGGCAAGGAUAAGAUAAUCGACGCGUGUGCUGCUCCAGGCAACAAGACUACACAUCUGGCCGCUAUUUUAGGGAACUCGCCGGACUCGGUCAUCGCUUUCGAGAAAAACCCGGAACGAGCCAAGACUCUGCACAAGAUGUGCGAAAAGGCAGGAGCAUUAGGCUGUAUCCGGAUACAACAGGGCGACUUCACCAAGACCGACCCCAACGAAUAUCCAGACGUCACAGGACUGCUUGUAGACCCGUCGUGCUCGGGCAGCGGCAUUUUUGGCCGCGGGUUCGAGGAAAACGACACCGAAGAGCACACUCAGGAGCGGCUGAAAAAACUGGCAGGGUUCCAGGUAGCCAUCAUGAAGCACGCGAUGCGUUUCCCCAACGCAAAGAAAAUUGUCUACUCGACGUGCUCGGUGCACGCUCAGGAGAACGAGCAGGUCGUCGUGGACUUGCUGCUGGACAGCACGGUGCGGGCGCAGGGGUGGCGAGUGUGUAGCAGAGAAGACGUGAUCCCGUCGUGGCCGCGGCGCGGGCUUGUGGAGGAGUUCAGCGCCCUGGACGACCCGCAGCGGUGUGCGGACGGCUGUAUCCGCACGGUGCCCCGGCAGGACGGCGGAAUCGGGUUUUUCGCGGUGGCUUUUGAAAGAGAUUAG